AUGGAACCUAGACAACAUGAUCAGUUUCAGGUGAAGGAGGAGUCGUUUGCUUAUGGCACCGAAUCUCUUUUUCCUUCUCAGCAUGGCCUCCCAAUUACCUAUCAAAAUCGCGACCGUGAGACGGAGAAGACGGAGACACUGUGCCAGCUUGAGUGCACGGUUAUGGCGUGGGAAAGGGCGCAAGGUGAAGAAAACUUUUCUCUACUGGGAGCCCAGCACAACCUCGCAGUGGCAUAUCGAAAAAAUGGCCAGACUCAAAAAGCGAUAGGGCUGCUUGAGCAUGUGGUAACGGUGCGGAAAAAGAUACUCCCUGAACUUGACCCAUAUCUUUUGGGAUCCCAGUAUGACCUGGCAGUCAUGUAUAGAACUUGCGACCGGGUCCAUAAGGCAGUUCAGCUACUUGAGCAUGUGAUGGCGGUAGGACGAAGGGCAUGGCCGGAGGAUACUUCUUUGCUAGUAUCAUCUAGCUAUCAGCUCGCUCUGGCGUAUCGAGCUGGAGGUCAGAUUAAGGAGGCAGUGCAGCAUUUUGAGCACGUUGUGGCCGUACGAGAAAGGACACUUCCUGAGAAUGAUUCUUCUCUACUUCGUUCCCAAUAUCAAUUAGCAGUCGCAUAUCGGAUCAAUGGGCAAAUUAAGGAGGCAGUCCAGCUAUUCGGGCAUGUGGUCACGCUACAAGAGAAGACGCUUGCCGAAGAAGACCCCUCCCUACUAUGGUCCCAGCAUAACCUCGCAGUCGCGUACCGAAGCGACGGGCAGAUUGAGAAGGCAUUGGAGCUUCUUGAGCAUGUGGUCGCAGUGCGACAAAGAACACGUACCGAAGAUGACCCUGCUCUACUAGCAUCCAAGCAUGACCUCGCGGUCGCGUAUUGGAGCGGUGGCCAGAAUAAGAAGGCAGUCCAGCUGUUUGAGAAUGUGGUCGGGGCGCAAAAAAGGCUACUUGGCGAAGAGGAUUCUUCUCUACUAGCCUCCAUGUGUCAGCUGGCACUCAUGUAUCAAACCGACGCUGUUAGAAACGCAGUGCAUUUGCUCAAGGAUGUCAUUACUAUGCAAGAAAGAACCACAGAGAAUCACCUACACCGAAAUGUACCUCGGAAAAUGCUUGAGAAUGCGACUCAGAUUGAAAAUCUGAUUCAAAGGGCAGUUCACGGGUUUGACCUUAUGGAUGCGCAUGCUGGGAGCCAAGCCCUUGACUUGGGAAGUCCGCUACAGCAAUCGGACGUGGCUAUCAAUUCACCGUUCGACUCUGCUGUUACAACUGAGUCGCAUUAUAUUCGAGGUCGGGUUUCUGGUGGCUCAGAAUUCGAGAAUAGCGAUAUAAACAGGGCCAUUUUCGAACUAUUCGGAGUUGAAGAUCAAGGUCCACCCAGUUCUCGGGAAUGUGAGAAUACAAAGAAGUGGAUGAGUUUAUUCAAUCAUUUGCGUACGGAUUUUGGUAUCGGACGCGAGCCAGAACGCAUCAAAGUCGCUAUUAUAGACACUGGUUUCGAUAUCAAUCAUCCACGCCUGAACGGAGAAAACCGAAUUAAAGAAUACAAGUCCUUUAACGGCGGUGACGUGACAGUGGAUACGUCCGGCCACGGUACCCAUAUUGCUGGCAUCCUGCUGGAGCUUACGAGCAAUGUCGACCUAUACAUUGAAAAAUUCGUCAAUUCUCGAAUAUGCGGCGAGGAAGAGAAUAUUACGAUACGGGAAAGGAUAGUCCGAGCUUUGCGUCAUGCCAGAGAGACAUGGAAGGUCCAUAUGAUCUCUCUAUCGUUUGGCUUUAAUAAGACAGGAACUCGGGACGAGGUAAAGGAAGAGGUCGAGGAAUGCUUGAACAACAACAUCGUUGUCUUUGCCUCGGCAUCCAACGACGGCGGGAACAGACCACGUACCUAUCCCGGGAAAUAUAACCGUGUUCUUUGUAUCCACUCGGCAAGUGGAGUUGGCGACAAGUCCUGGUUUAGUCCGACCCCAGAAGAGCCGGAUACGAAGCAGGAUAACUUUAGCGCUGUUGGAGAUUGCGUAUCGUCAUAUUGGCCACUGAACGAUCCGAAUGUAGCGAAUGUAGGGAGCAAGUAUAUGUCAGGCACAUCAUUCGCGACACCGGUGGCCGUCUCUAUCGCAGCAUUCAUGCUGGGCUACAUUCAAAGAAAAAUCCCACAUUAUGACUGGAAUAUCAAGCCGAGGAGCCCAGAAGGCAUUCAAAAGAUCUUUCGGAUGAUGUCAAAGGGAAACAAGAGGGAUGGAUAUGAUUGGAUCAGUCCGCAGUGGUUCUUUGGGAAUUACUUACCGGAGAAGAUCAAGUCGGACUUAAUCCAUGAACCACAGGGUUACAAAUGUUGA